CACGGAAAGCUCAAAUCCCAACGAAACACCAGCGGCAAUUGCAGUCGCUCCCCCUCUUGCUUGCUCGAUCGAUUCACUCACAGAUCAGUCGGAUCAUGUCAAUCAUCAGCUGGGUCCUCCGCUUCCCACCCCUGCAAUGGGCAACCUCAACCCUCAACGACGCCCUAAUUACCGCACUACGACAAGGUCCUAUACCGACCCACGUCGCAUUCGUGUGUGAUGGGAAUAGACGGUAUGCGAAGACGCAUGGGAUGGAGACGAGUGAGGGACAUUCGCAGGGGUUUGAGUCGUUGAAGAAGAUCUUGGAGGUGUGUUUGCAGUUAAACGUCAAAGUCGUAACCGUCUACGCCUUCUCCAUCGAGAACUUCAAGAGACCGAAGUGGGAGGUGGAUGCGCUCAUGGAUAUCGCAAAGAGCGCACUGGCACAAUUGGGUGCACAUGGUGACCUCGCAGAUCGCUACGGAGUCUCGGUACGGAUAUUAGGCGAGACAUCACUCGUUCCACCGGAUGUGUUGCUGGCGAUUGAGAAAGUUACCGAACAAACCAAACACAACAAAAAAGCGAUCCUGAAUGUCUGUUUCCCAUAUACCUCCCAAUCAGAAAUAACCCACGCAGUCCGCUCCAUCGUCUCUGCCUCCACUUCCCCCUCAACACCCAUCGACCCGGAAUCCAUAACCGAAUCAACAAUUUCCUCUCACCUCUUUACCAGCGACUGUCCUCCCCUCGACCUCCUCGUACGUACCUCGGGGGUGACGAGGAUGAGUGAUUUUAUGUUGUGGCAGACGGGGGCGGAAACGAUGGUUAAGUUUAUUGAUUGUUUUUGGCCCGAGUUUGAUUUGUGGAGGUUUUUGCCUGUGUUGGUGGAGUGGCAGAUGAGGGUGAAGGGGGUGGGGUCGGGGAUGAGGAAGAAACAGGCUUGAGACUUGAGAGGAAGGUGGUGUUGGGAGGGCAUGAGAGGGUGAGGACGAAUCUGCAUAUCAUGGGGUGGAAUAAAGGAUCUGAAGGGAGGUGAUGAGGGGAGGGACAGAUCGGCAUAGACGGGGUGGAAGUGAAAUGAUCGAGGAUGGAUGGAGAC